AUCGUUCCAUAUGUUGGGACAAUACUUGGUGGCCUUGUUCCUGGAGAGCUUAUUGUGAUACAUGGGACUGUUCCUGAUGAUGCAGACAGGUUCCAGGUGGAUUUACAGUGUGGCAGUAGCAUAAAGCCUCGAGCUGAUGUGGCGUUUCAUUUCAACCCGCGCUUCAAAAGGUCUGGCUGCAUUGUUUGCAACACACUGGAGAGGGAAAAAUGGGGCUGGGAGGAGAUCACUUACGAGAUGCCCUUUCAGAAAGGGAAGUCAUUUGAGAUUGUCAUCAUGAUUUUGACAGAUAAAUUCCAGGUGACUGUAAACAAGAAGCACUUGCUGCUCUACAACCACAGAAUUAACCUUGAAAGAAUAGAUACUCUUGGAAUAUAUGGCAAAGUGCAGAUCAAAACUAUAGAUUUUGUUUCUAAU